AUGCCCGGCCUCACCUUCCCCGACCCCGCCGUCCGCCCCGCCGCACAGCUCUACCCCUACGCCUCCGUCUCCGCCGAAGCGCACAAGCUCUCCGCCGAAGCCCAAGCCGAGUUCGACAAGGCGUCGAAAGCCGCCCAGCGCAAAGCCGGCCCCAUCGAGCUCUACUCGCCCAAAUUCUACGCCGCGUGCACGCUCGGCGGCCUCUUCGCCUGCGGCCUAACGCACGCCGCCGUCACCCCUCUCGACCUCAUAAAGUGCCGGCGUCAAGUCAACUCCGCCCUCUACCCCUCCAACUGGCAAGCCUUCCUCACCAUCACGCGCACCUCCGGGCUACGCGGCAUCUUCACCGGCUGGUCGCCCACACUCUUCGGCUACAGCGCGCAGGGCGCGUUCAAAUACGGCGGCUACGAGUUCUUCAAGAAGACGUACAGCGACGCGGCCGGCGAGGCUGCGGCGGCCAAGUACAAAACGGGGAUAUACCUUGCGGCCAGCGCGAGCGCCGAGUUCAUCGCGGACGUGGCGCUGUGCCCGUGGGAGGCCGUCAAGGUGCGCAUGCAGACGGAGGAGCGCAGCCCGUACCGCGGCGCCGUGCAGGGCGUGCGGAGCGUGGUGGCGGAGGAGGGGGUCGCGGGCCUGUACAAGGGGCUGUAUCCGCUGUGGGGGAGGCAGAUCCCUUACACAAUGAUGAAGUUCGCCUCGUUCGAGAAGGUGGUUGAGGCCAUCUACACCAAGCUGCCGGGGCGCAAGGACGACUACGGCAAGGGCGCGCAGGCCGCCGUCGCCUUCACGGGCGGCUACAUCGCCGGCAUCCUGUGCGCCGUCGUGUCGCACCCGGCCGACGUCAUGGUGAGCAAGCUCAACUCGGGCGGGCGCAAGCCCGGCGAGGCGUUUGGCGCGGCCGUGGGGAGGAUGUAUGGGCAGAUUGGGUUCGCGGGGCUGUGGAACGGGCUGCCGAUGAGGAUCCUGAUGGUCGGGACGCUGACGGGAAUGCAGUGGCUGCUGUAUGAUGGGUUCAAGAUCUUCUUUGGGCUGCCGACGACGGGGGGCGCAGAGGAGAAGCAGAAGAAGGAGUAG